AUGAAAUUGGGAAAUUCCGAGGGGUCUUUAUUUUACGAAGAAGCAUCAAAUCCUUCUAUAUGUAGUCAAUCAUCACGUGAAUCGACAUUUAGAAAAAGGCCACAUAUUGGUGAUAUUAUAUUUAUAUCAUCACAUUCGAUUAUAUAUUUAGGAGAUAUUGAAAAUAAAUUAAUUAGUUUGCAUGCAGCUAAAAAUUAUACUGAUGAUGAUGGGGAUAAAUUAAAAAUUGUUUUUUCAAUUCCAAGACCUGCUUUGAGAAAAAAACACAAACCAUCGCCAACAAUUAGAGUAUUGUUAUAUAAAACAGAUAAGAGGGAGUGUCAGGAGAACACUCUUUUUUUGGAAGAAGAGAUCAAACUACAAGAUUCUGAGGAUCACUUUUACGAAAGUGUUGGGCAUUAUGAAAAUGCUGAAAUCAUUCAAGAAAAUGCUAGAUCAAGUCAAGGGGGAAUACAGGACAACAACUAUGUCGAUAAAGAUCAUUACAACAACAACGAUGAACAAUUCAUAGAUGAUUUUGAUUCUCAAAGUUCCGAGGAUGAAGCUUAUGUCGAUACUAAACUUCCAGACAUUCCAAAUCAAGGUUAUAAUAUAACAAAAUCCCUGAGAGCAGCUGGGAAAAAAUUAAGGAAAAAUUUUUCACUGAGGAAAAGCGAUCUGAGUAAAAGUUUGAAAAGAUUCAAAAAGUCAUCGAGGGGAAAAGUUGUAGAUUUAACAACUGAAUCAUCGAAUCCAAAUUUGGGAAUUGGAAAAGAAGUUGAAGUUGAGGCUGGGAAUCAAAAACCAUCUGAAAGUCCUUCGACACCACCAAAUCUUAGCAAUUCUAUUUAUUCGAAUAAUUCUGAUUCAUCUAGUAGUUCACAUAAUGUAAAUAAAUCAAUCAAUAAUGCAAUCGAAUCGAAAAAUCAAAGGCAUAGAAAAUCGUGGACAUUUCGUAGUAAAUUUAAAAAUAGUUCUAACGACGUGUCGGAUGCGAAUGGAGGAAUAGACGCGAAUAGAAACAGCACGUUUUAUUUAUCAUUGAACGAAGUUAAACCUAAAAAAGUUGUUGAAAAAAAAAACGAUUUGUUAAAUGAAAUACAAAGUGCGAUUUCGAAACGGAACAGUAACUCGUCGGAAAGUGUAACGGAUAAAGAUAUAAUGCGACAUUCGGAUUCCGUGUCAACAUUGACGAAAUUCCGUCCGACCGUUCCGCCGCCGCCACCUCCGUCUAGUAAACCCGAUUCCGUCGCACCUGAGAAAACAAAGUACUCGGAUAUAUUGUGGGGGGAAAAAGCGACAAACAAUUGCCUGUAUGUCGAAAGCGGUCUUUUCGACAAACAAAAGAAACAUUCAAGGUGUUCCGAUUCGGACACUUCGUUAUACGCGGAAAUCGGUUUGUACGCGGCCAACGACGAAUUAAACAGCAGGAAAACUCAAAUGUUCGUCGACGAGCCCCUGUAUCAAUUUUACACCGAAUGCGUGAAUCAAAGAGCGAGAGACGACAUACUCAAUAAUUACGAUUCGGAAGGCUACGAAGAAAUAAACGAUUAUUAUUCUGUGAUCAACGAGAAAAGGAGAACCAUUGAUAUAAAAAACGUGAGACCGAAUUUCGAAGAUUUCAACGAGGAUGUGAAUACGAAGAUUUCUUCGUUGAGAUCCAUAUCGGAUCGUAGGACUCUGUGGUGUCAAAUACCGGCUGUGAUAGAUAGUUGCAUAUUGCAAACCCUUUCGGAUCAAGCGAGAAAAUUACAAGAAGCCAAAUUUGAAAUAAUCACUUCCGAGGGGAGUUACAUGAACAGUUUGAACGUUUUAGAAAAUCAUUUCAUGAAAAAAGUCAACGAUUUGAACAUAAUAACGAAAAGGGAUUUUCGAAUAUUGUUCAGCAACAUCGUGUCCGUGAAAAAAUGUUCCGAAAGUUUUUUGGAAGAUUUAGAAAAUUGUUGGCAAAAUAAUAUUAUGUUAAACGGUAUAUGUGAUAUUGUGUAUAAGCAUUCGACGACGAGUUUUCAAGUGUACACGAAAUAUUGCAAAAAUCAAGUUUGCAUAUACAGGACGUUGAGAGAACUCCUGGAUAAAAAUUGGAAUUUCGAAAAUGCUCUAAAAGAAAUCGAAAGCGAUCCCAUUUGUCAAAACCUUAACAUUCAUUCUUUUUUAAUGUUGCCAAUGCAAAGAAUCACGAGGUUGCCUUUGUUAAUGGGUGCAGUUUUGGCAAGAAUGGACAAAGACGAUGACGAGUUUGAAGUUUGCAAAGCGAGUUUCGAUGUACUUAAUAAGAUAGUUCAAGACUGCGACGACGAAGCGAGAAGAAUGGAAAAAUGUGAAGAAAUGCUUAUAUUGAGUCAACAGAUAGAAUUUCCAAAAGACAUACGACGUAUACCCAUAAUAACGGGGUCUAGAUUUUUGGUAAAAAGUGGACAAGUGACGCAGUUGGUUAAUCGUGACGAAAACAAGCUCACGUUUGGUAAAAAAUUUUCAAAAAUCACAUUGACUUUGUUUUUGUUCACGGAUUUACUCAUCGUGGCCAAAAAGAAAAAUCCUCGUAAUUACGUGGUCGUGGAUCAUUGUCCGAGAAAUUUAGUUCAAAUGCAAACCACCGAUGGAUUAACACAACUUCCGGUUAAAUUAAAUUCAAAUUCCGACUCGAGCGGUAAAUUGUUAAUGUUGCUCACAAUGUUGGAAAAUCACGAGAAAAAGACUGUCGAAAUGAUAUUAUCAUUUGAAAUGGAAUCGGAUAAGCAAAGGUGGUUGGAAGCAGUCACGCCGAAAUCAUCGGAAAAUCCAAACGAAUGCAUUUACGAAGAAUGGGAUUGUCCUCAAGUGAUAGCCUUGUACGAAUUCACUCCGGUUCAACCGGACGAAUUGAAUUUGUGCAUAGGUGACGUCGUGAACGUAUUGAAAAAAAUGAGCGACGGGUGGUACCAAGGAGAAAGAUUGAGAGACGGUGCUCGAGGUUGGUUUCCCCAAAAUCAUACUCAAGAAGUGUCUUCUUCUCACAUUCGUGCUAAAAAUAAAAAACUCCGAUAUAAACUUCUCGCCCUAUCGGGAAAUUUAAUAGAUUCGCAAAAAAUGAACGGAAAAUAG